UUUCUGGGCGGCUCUGUAACUCUAUAGGGCUUCUGCAGUCGAGCGCAGCGUGGACACUUUGUAUGAUCGGGAAUAUGUCUGUUUAUUAUUUUCAAACAUCUUGCAAAGUUUCUGACGUAACGCAGACAUUGUUUCUUUCUUCGUGUAAAUGAAAGUGGUUUGACAUCUAUUCAUUUGCUCCAACAGAGCCCUAGUCAUGGCAAAUGAGCCCAGGGAUCCCAUGCCGCUGGAAGAGCCCAUGUUUAUUCUGGAAAAUGGAGCGAUGUACAGGAACCAAACUGAAGUAAAGAUGAGCCAGAUAGUCCUCCCCUGCCAUGCAAACUACUGUGGAGAACUCAGUGCUGGGCAGCUGCUCAAGUGGAUGGACUCCACUGCCUGCCUGUCUGCUGAGAGACAUGCUGGCUGCUCCUGCAUCACAGCCUCAGUGGAUGACAUUCACUUUGAAACCACCAUAGGGGUUGGACAGGUUGUAAACAUUACAGCUAAAGUCAACAGAGCCUUCACAUCCAGCAUGGAGGUGGGGAUUUCAGUGAGCUGUGAAGAUCUCUUCAGUGACAGACAGUGGAGGGUCUGCCACGCUUUCGCCACCUUUGUGGCCCGACGUACCGAAGCAGGAAAGGUACAGCUGAAGCAGGUGAUUCCACGCACGCAGGCAGAGCAGAUGGAGUACAGCCUCGCAGCCGAGCGCAGGAGGAUGAGACUGAUCCAUGCAGAGAUAAUUAAUGAUCUUCUCAGCAGCUGCUCCUCUCAGACAGUGAGUGAGUGUCUAGAUUACCAGGAUGCUGUGCCUGCAGAGCGGACUCGAGUAGAAAGCGUCGAGCUGGUGCUCCCGCCCCAUGCUAAUCACCAGGUCAGCACGUUUGGUGGACAAAUCAUGGCCUGGAUGGAGAAUGUAGCCACCAUCUCUGCCAGUCGUUUGUGUAAUGCUCACCCAACUCUGAGGAGCAUAGACAUGUUCCACUUUCGUGGGCCAUCCCACAUUGGAGACAGACUGGUGUUGAAGGCAAUUGUAAACAAUGCUUUCAAGAAAAGUAUGGAGGUGGGAGUGUGUGCGGAGGCCUAUCAGGGUGGAGAGCCCCUGCGACAUAUCAACACCGCCUUCAUGACCUUUGAGGUCUUGGACAAUGACAGGAAGCCAUGCACGUUGCCAAGGAUACGGCCCGAGCCUGUGGAUGGUAAAAGACGCUUUCAGGAAGCCAUAGCCAGAAAGAAAAUCCGCCUUGACAGGAAGUACAUAAUAUCCUGUAAACAAAGUGAGGUUCCUCUCUCGGUUCCCUGGGACCCAAGUAACCAGAUGUACCUCAGUUACAAUAAUGUUUCGGCACUGAAGAUGUUGGCUGCCCGGACUAACUGGGUCUUAACCUCAGAGAAGAACAAGGUGAGUUUAUACACCCUGGAGGAGAACCAGAUGUUGUGCUUUAAGGUGGAGACUCACGUGGCUGUGGCGGCCGAGCAGGUUUUUCUGUUACUGUCUGAUCUAAGGCGAAGGAAGGCAUGGGACCACCACUACCAAGAGUGUGAAGUGAUAACGGACUCUCAUGAAGACGACACCAUCUACCGAGUUGUCACCCCCUCUGUGACUAAAGGAGGCAAAGUCCAGGACUUCAUCCUCCUGGCCUCCAGGAGGCGCCCUUGUGAUUCUGGAGAGCCUUAUUUGAUUGCCUUGCGUUCUGUGACCCUGCCUGCAUACCCUCCCACUCAAGACUACAACAGAGGAGAGGUGCUGUGUGCUGGGUUCAGUAUCUGGGAAGAGGAAAACUCUUUCACUAAGAUUUCUUACUACAACCAGGCCACUCCUGGCGUGCUGCCCUAUAUCUCCACUGACAUCGCUGGGCUUUCCUCCAGCUUCUACCGCACCUUUGCCUCAUGUAGCGCUUUUCUGGAGGAGAACAAAGACAGCCUGGCUUGCCUGCCAACCUCCACCCUGUGAGAAAGCUGAAUUCGACAAUCGUUGCUCUUCAGAAAUUGAUUUUGUUGCUAAAAUAAAAAAUUGUUAUAGUCCAGGUAUAUAAGCUUGGCAUAGACAUUCACAUUUAAGUUUAGUAUAAAAGAUCAUGAACUUUAAGUACGUAAAACCCUUCAGAAAAUAAAGGCACAGAACUGUCACUGGAAUGGGACCCUAUGAUACAAAAGCUAAAAGCUACAUCACUAUACCAUAUUUGCCUCUAAAUGGUACAUAUUAGUACCUUAGGAUACUGCCCCUGUGGCAGUUUUGUAUUUAAAUUUAUAAAAAGGCAUAAGCAUUGUUAUUAGGGGAGACUUUUUUGUUGUUAAAAAUCCAUAUA